AUGGAGAAAGAGUUCAACAUACGUUUUAUUUAUGUGUACCUUCUGUUUACCCUGGCUGUGAGCAAAACAAAAGCAGCAACAAUUGCCGCAUCUUCAGCUUUAACAACAGAAGUGGUCACAACAACCGACGUUUCAUUAAGCAGCUCUACAUUUGCAAUCGCAACAACUGCCAAGUAUCAAACAAGCACGAAUUCUGAAAGCUCUGCGACUUUUUUGACUGUGCAAGCCACAUUAAAAACUUCCACAUUUAGAACAACAGACUCAUCUGUGCCAACAUCAGACGUUUAUAUGUCAAGCACACCUGAAUCAUCUGUACAAACAACAGGAGUUUACACAUCCUUUACAACUGAAUCACCUGUACUAACAGCAGAACUGUACACAUCUAGUACAAAUGAAUCACCUGUCUCAACACCGGAAGUGUAUACAUCAAGCACACUUGAAUCAACAGUGGAAACAACAGAAGUUUACACAAACGCUCCACCUGAAUCAACUGUGCCAACAACAGAAGUGUACACAUACGCUGCAUCUGAAUCACCUGCGCCAACAACAGAAUUGUUUACAUCCAGUACACCUGAAUCAACCUUGCCAACAACAGCAGUUCACACAUCCAGCACACCUGAAUUACCUUUUCAAAGUAAUGAAGUUCACACAUCCAGUACAUCUGAAUCACCUGCGCCAACAGCUGAAGUUCCCACAUCCACUACACCUGAAUCACCUGCGCAAACAACUGACGUUACCACAUUCAGUACACCUGAAUCAAUCGUGUCAACAACAGAAGUUCACACAUUCACUACAUCUGAAUCAACUGUGCCAACAACUGAAGUUCCCACAUCCAGCACGCCUGAAUUACCUUUUCAAAGUAAAGAAGUUCACACAUCCAGCACGCCUGAAUUACCUUUUCAAAGUAAAGAAGUUCACACAUCCAGUACAUCUGAAUCAACUGUGCCAACAACAGAAAUUUACACAUCUCAAACAGAAUUGCACAGACCAACAACUUCAGAAGAGCCAACAGCUUCAGAAGAACCAACAACUUCAGAAGAGCCAACAACUUCAGCAGAGCCAACAACUUCAGAAGAGCCAACAACUUCAGAAGAGCCAACAACUAUUUCUACACAAUUUUCAACCUGUAAUGCUACCCACUAUGGUCUGAACUGUGCCAACACAUGCAGAUGUAACGUAAACAACACAGUUGAUUGCAAUGACACCACAGGAGAAUGUUUGUGUACAGCUGGUUGGAAUGGCACCACUUGUGAUGAAGAUGUAAACGAGUGCCUUAAUGCUAACUACUGUCCUGGUUACAUGGAAGUUUGCUUUAAUUUGGUGGGGUCAGCAGAAUGCAGGUGUCAGAUUGGUUUUCAAAGAUCACUUAUUGGCCUGCAAUGCAAAGCUUGUAAUAACACCUUCUUUGGGUAUGAGUGCUCAAAUCCUUGCUCAUGUGUUAUGGAGAAUACAGUAGAUUGCCUGGACAAUACAGGAGAAUGCUCUUGUCUCUUUGGAUGGAAUGGCAUCAACUGUGAAACUGAUAUUGAUGAGUGUGACCAGACUGACUUUUGUUCUGACAUCCAUGCUAGCUGCUUUAAUUUAAAUGGAUCUGCAGAAUGUAGGUGUAAUAUUGGAUAUGAGAAUUCUACCACUAAUGAAAGCUGCCAAGCCUGUAAUGCUACUCACUAUGGUCUGAACUGUGCCAACACAUGCAGCUGUAACCUAAACAACACAGUUGAUUGCAAUGACACCACAGGAGAAUGUACAUGUCUUAAUGGCUGGAAUGGCACUAUUUGUGAUGAAGAUGUUAAUGAAUGUCUAAAUAUCCACUACUGUCUUGAAGCUAAUGAAAUCUGUUUUAACUUGAAUGGAUCUGCUGAAUGUCUAUGUGACUUUGGGUUUCAAAGAUCCUUAUUUAACUACAGUUGUGAAGGUAUUGCUUUUUAG